ACAGUAGCCAUUUUCGCCAGGUUGGCGUGUCGUCGUUGGAAAUAUCAACAAAGUGGCAAUUUUCUGUGGAACUCUCUCCGACUUUGACAUUUGUGGCUAGUGGUUCUGCUGCAGAUAAAGAUAAUUCGUUGUAGAAAUGACAGCUGUAGGCAUAACAAUGUUAACGGCACUCUUCCUAGCAAAUGUUUGCAGUAGUUUUUACCUGCCGGGACUGGCCCCAGUAGCUUACUGUACCCAAAAGAAGGAAGGAUCCGAAAAAAAUUGCAAGACAGAUGUGAUGGUAUACGUGAACAGGUUGAAUUCCCUGGAGACCGUCGUCCCAUUUGAAUACAGCAGGUUUGACUUCUGCCCUGAGGAUGAUGAGGAGCAUAGCCCUGUGGAGAACCUGGGACAGGUCGUGUUUGGGGAGAGGAUCCGCCCCUCCCGGUACAAGUUUUCCUUCGAUAAAAAUGUGACAUGCAAGUCCGCAUGUACGAAGUCGUACAAGGAUGAUAAAGAGUCUAUAGAGAAACUAAAUUUCCUCCGCAAAGGCAUUCGUUUGAAUUAUCAGCAUCACUGGAUCAUAGACAACAUGCCGGUGACAUGGUGCUACCACGUGGAGGGGUCCACAGAGAAAUACUGCUCUACAGGUUUCCCCAUCGGUUGCUAUGUGACAAUAAAGGGGCACCCUAGAGACGCCUGCGUCAUCAGUCCUGAAUACAGUGCCAAGGAUACGUACUACAUCUUCAACCAUGUGGAUAUCGUCAUCCAGUACAACGAGGGCAAAGGAGAGGACUGGUCCAGCACCUUGAUAUCUGGUGGUCACCUUAUCUCAGCACGCCUUCACCCCAGGAGCUUCUCAAAGGUAACAGAGAAUUCUCCAAACUGUGGGGGAAGUGGUCCAUUGUCGCUGGGCGCUAAACAGAAGAAGCUGGACAUCACAUAUUCCUACUCAGUCAGCUUUGUGGUGAACAAUAAUGUAAAGUGGUCCUCUCGCUGGGAUUACAUCCUGGAGUCCAUGCAGCACACAAACAUCCAGUGGUUCAGCAUCAUGAACUCAGUAGUCAUUGUGCUCUUCUUGUCUGGCAUGGUGGCCAUGAUCAUGCUGAGGACUCUCCACAAGGACCUGGCUCGAUAUAAUCAGAUGGACAAUGCUGAGGACGCUCAGGAAGAGUUUGGAUGGAAGCUGGUGCACGGAGAUGUCUUCCGUCCUCCACGAAAGGGCAUGAUGCUGGCAGUGCUCAACGGGAACGGCAUUCAGAUCUUCUUCAUGACCCUCAUCACACUGGUAUUUGCUUGCCUGGGAUUUCUGUCCCCAGCCAACAGGGGAGCAUUAAUGACUUGCGCUUUGGUGCUGUAUGUGUGCCUGGGAACACCAGCUGGUUAUGUUUCGGCCAGGAUUUACAAAACAUUUGGUGGUGAGAAAUGGAAGUCCAAUGUGCUUCUGACAGCUUUCUUAUGCCCAGGGGUGAUCUUUGGCAUCUUUUUCUUGCUAAACCUGAUCCUGUGGAUCAAGCAAAGCAGCGCGGCGAUCCCGUUCACCACUCUGCUGGCUCUCCUAGCCCUCUGGUUUGGGAUCUCAGUGCCCCUCACAUUUGUGGGAGCCUACUUCGGAUUUAAGAAACGGGCCAUUGAGCACCCAGUCCGCACCAACCAGAUCCCGCGCCAGAUCCCAGAUCAGUCGAUCUACACCAAGGCCCUGCCCGGAAUCGUCAUGGGUGGAGUCCUGCCCUUUGGGUGUAUCUUCAUUCAGCUGUUCUUCAUCUUGAAUAGCAUCUGGUCUAACCAGAUGUAUUACAUGUUUGGAUUCCUGUUUCUGGUAUUCCUCAUCCUUGUGGUCACAUGCUCAGAGGCCACCAUCCUACUCUGCUAUUUCCACCUCUGUGCAGAGGACUACCAUUGGUGGUGGAGAUCGUACCUGACCAGUGCCUUUACAGGCGUCUAUUUCUUCAUCUACUGUAUCCACUACUACAUGACCAAGCUGGAAAUGCAGGGCACAGCCAGUGCCUUCCUCUACUUUGGUUACACCCUCAUUAUUGUGUUCCUUUUCUCACUGCUGACAGGUUCCAUCGGCUUCUGUGCCUGUUUCUGGUUUGUCUCUAAGAUCUACAGUAGCGUGAAAGUGGACUAGAUAACAAGGGUUCCAAGAUAGGAGAGAACCCUAAACAGUUUUGAGGGGAGGGGGGAGUGUUAUAGGGUCUUGGUAAUGUGGGUUUCAUAAUUUCAUGUGAAGGGAUCUUAGCUUGUCGCUGCAGGCCUCUGGAUAGUGUACAAAAAAAACAAGGGGACUUGAAGUAGAAAUUGGAAUAUGUUAUGGGUCUAAUGCUCCACUUGGGAUCAAAGCUUUUACUAUGUCAAGGAUUUAAGGAUUCUAAUGGGAAGAUGGACAUCUUGCGGUGAGCUGGUAGUAUGGGGCUCUUACAAGAGGUCUUAUUUGGGGCCCAAAGAUGACUGUAAAUGUACAGAUGGAUCCAUGGUGUACAUGGAAAGGUGAUUGGCGUGUAGCAGGUUGAGGUGCUGAGGUUUUCACCAGAGAAACUGCAGGACUUCAUUCGAAACAUUAACCUUAGAGCAAGGUAAUUACCACACCUCAAAUACUCUUCAGAGCUAUAUUAUUCGCUUUUUAAAAGUUUCUGUGGAUUCUCAAGACUCUGUAUUGAUACCAGAAAACGGUCCAAGAGCCUUGUCAGAAAUGUAAAUUGUAAGCGAAUCUGAUACCCUGUCAGGGUCCUGAUGGCGGUAGAAGACAUCCCUGAUCGCCCUCAACGGACAGAACGGUAAUCUCCACUGUCAUCAGUGCAUGUCUACUACAGGGAAGUUUGGCAUUCCAACAAAAAUAUUGUACCUGUAUUAUGAAGUCGCCCUGAGUGCAGAUGCAUCUGAGUUAUGAGCUUAGUUUGGGUAUGGACAAUGAAAAUGGUAAAAACAGCUGUAUUUGACGUGUACAUAGAUAUCAAGCGUUAUUUUUGUGGGUGAUAAUUAUAUGUUGGGGAGUGAUAAAUGGACUAGAUAUUGCAUAUGUAUAUCUAUAU